CGACGCCCAACCACUACCUUCAUUACUCUGCAUUUUCUAUAUUAUUACUAUAUCAUUAUUUUAUUAUAUUCUAUAAACAUUUAUUCCCUAUUCUCCUCACCUCUUCAUGAACAUUUUAUUUUAUCGUUUUCUUCGUCAGACAUUCAGUGAAUGUUCGUUGAAUUUCUCUCGGUGAUUCACUGCAAAUAAUUGUUUAAACAAUGGAUCUAAGUACAGUGCCACUUUCACCACCUGCUUCGCCUCAGCUAAAACAAGUUCAUGUGGAGCCUCUGGUGUCGUCGUUCAGUGUUGAGGCUCUUUUGCGAAAGGAGUCAGUGCGUGUUCAACCGGAUUUGCCACCUACACCUCAAUCAUCUGACAAUGAAGAAGAUGAACAGCCGGCACGUAAACGCCGCUGUAUACAGGCGCAAUGUCAAUUUACCGAGAUUCUGCUACACGGCACACCACCACCAAGUCCAGAGCCAACUCGGGCCUCAGUGAUAAUGCACGCAAAUCGUGAUGGCACCUGUCAUCCAGCAACCCUUCCAAUUCCACCAAUGAAAUCACCAAGCAGUCUUCAAAAUGGGGAUUCCUCGUCAACCACAAGAGUAAAUUUAGUCCAACAAAAAUGGCCGGAAUGUGAAAAUUCCCUUAAAAAUCUUCAAUUCAAAAUGAGCCUGUGUAAAGAGGAAAUCAUAGUAAAUAGUAAAAAUACCGACCGUGAGAGCACGAGGAUGGAAAAAAUGGAAGUACAAAAAUUACAACCACUAGCACCAAAACCAGCACCAAUGGGACAGAUAACAAUGGUACCAGUAACAGGCAUAUUUGGCACACCCAUGGUACUUCCUCGAACUCCUCUUCUUCUUGUUACAACACCAUCGACAGUUACCGCAAAUACAAAACCCACCUCGGCUGAUGCUGGGGCUCGAAGACGUGUUUACGAGUGCGAGCAUCCAGGCUGUGGCAAAAAUUAUUUCAAAUCAUCUCACUUAAAAGCACAUACCCGAACACACACUGGAGAAAGACCAUUUCCUUGCCCUUACGACGACUGUGGCCGGAGAUUCUCCAGGAGUGAUGAAUUAUCGCGUCAUAAAAGAACUCACACUGGAGAGAAGAAAUUUGUUUGUUCGGUCUGUCAAAGACGAUUUAUGCGAAGUGAUCACUUAGCAAAACAUGUGAAGAGGCAUGUCAGAGAUAAAAAUUCGCCUGAUACGUUCAAUACCAAUACAUCGUUAUCAACUUGUCAAAGAACUACAAGUGCAUCUCAAUCACAAAUGGGACAAAGAUCAUUGACGGUUAAUCUGCUUCCAGUUCUUGCGUCCAGACUGACACACCUACCAAAUUUAAUACCACCCCAACUUGCCGCAUAAAUUAUUCAUUUUUAUUCCUCUAGUCCUUCUGGUAUAACUAAUUCUACUCUCAAACCAUCCAUAAACUAUAUCGUAUUCUAUCAUGAAAGUCAUCAUGAUUUCUACUUAUCGAACAAAAUGAGUAAUUAUUAAUAAUGUAAGUGUGCCUGUGAUCUCUGAUGUGUUUCAAGAAGAAAAGUCGAGGGAAUGAUGCUGAAAAAUAAUGUUUACCUGAGAUUGAAAUAUUAUGUAAAUAGUUUAUGUUCAAAUGCUAAGACUUCUCCAUAGGAUUAUUUUGCAUAUAAUAUUAUUGUAUAUAAAAGAUGAAUACAGAGUUAUGUACUUUCUUAAAAAUAUGACAAUUUUCAUGGAAGGAUUAUCAAUCCAUAUCCACUUACCACACCCAAACUAUUUAUUACAAAGAGUUCACUUCUUCGGACUAUUUUUUCAUUACAUAUUUAUCUGGACAGCAGAAUAUUAAACAUUUCGUGUGAUUUUUUUUUGUCACAUGGUCAAUCAUUAAAGCUCAUUUUCAGUGAAGUAGGCUAUAUUUAAUGUCUAACGUAGAAAGUUUUUAUAAUGACAUCUUGCAAUGACCAGAAAAUCAUUGAAAAAUGGAAUUUCAAUUAAAAUGAGUGACUAAUAGAGAGAAAGAAAGGUAUUAAUCACUUUCUAUUACAACUUCCGAUAGUAAAUCGAGCUAAUGACUGCUCUAUGACUAUCACACGCUUGUACCCAAAAAAAUUAUCUUAAUUCUUUGACAAUAAAUAUCUAAAGGUCAAAUUUUUAUAUCGACCUGUUCUAAAUUUAGAAACAAGUUAUCAAAAGUAGAGUUAUUUCUAUUCUAAUGACUACUCCACUGAAACAAAUCAAAACAUUGAAUAUUUAUCAACCAAGAGGAUUAGAAUAUUUUCGAAUUUUGGAGAAAUUUGUUGAUGAGCAAUGAAAUUCUUCGAUCAGUACGUACAGACUUGAUUUAUUAAUUGUUCAUUGUGGGCUUUGGUCAGGGUCCUUAGAAAUUACUUGGAACGACUGUACGAUAUUUAGUCUAUGUACUAGAGGUCAAAAGGUAAUUACUCCAAGGCUUCCUGGAUGGACUUUGACUUGUUUUCGUCUUGUGGAUGGCAAAACUCGAAUUUAUUGACCUGUCUGCUCGAGUACUUCACGCUCCCAAGUAUUAUGAACAAUUUAAUUUUUGAGCUGCCAGAGCUAAAAUGAUGUUCAUUAUGUUUGAUUACGAAAUAAUCAAUUGAAAAGUAUUCCCCCGUUGGAGACGAAGAGGCUCUUCUACCAUAAUAGGCUGUUUAGUAAUUAAGAUAGAUCUGUAUUUUUGAUCUAGCAUCACGCUAGCUCGGCGUGAAGCUCAGGCGAAGAAUGAAAGGUUUUCUAUCUCGGCUGCUCAUUAAGAUAGCAACCGGAAUUUAAAUAUAUUUUUUUUUCCCGACUUAAUAAGGGAACAUGGUUGCCUAAUGCACGAUUAAAUCAUUCAACCAUGGAAUCCAUUGGUCUCUAAUUUGUGUGCAAAUCAAUUAGGACCUUGACCAACGAUAUCAACGAUGAACGAUAUUUUCAAUUUGGAUGUAAAAAAGAGCAAAUCAGUAUGUGGAAACCGAAGUUAUGUAUUUGUUCUAUCGUUAUCAAAGAUAUAGAAAUGAGGUGAUGCUCAGAAAUCAAUGGAAUAAUUUGAGGAUCAAUUGGUCUGUAUGGAAAAUAGGACACAUUGUGAAAUGAUUGUAGUUAAGGAAUUGAGAAUUUUCCCAUUAUUUCUUUAAGUUGAGGAUUAAAAAAUGAGUUUUGUAGUAAA